CUCCUAGUAACAAAGACUAGCACUCUGUUCAUAGAUUCGACUAAAUUAACGCAGCACGGUUUUUAACAUAGAUAUGUAUAUAAUUUUUUAGCGAAAUCAUAUAUAAACAGUACUGCGCUGUGUGUACGGCGGCUUGUAAAUUAAAAGGCCACGGAUGUGAGACAUAUUUUCGGCCAGAUCUGUGUCUGACCUCGGCAAGUAACGUCCUGACUUUCUUUUGUACUCUUUAGCAUAUUAAUUACCGCAUUGUCCACACUUAUGCCAACGGUGUCGACAUACCUAACCACACUCGUGAGCGCCGCACGAGCCCUAAAAAAUCCCGUCCAUCGACAUACGUGUGGAGUAUGUGUUCAGACACACCGUGAGCUGUCAGCAGGAAGCAUGUGGGUUUUUGGUUACGGCUCUUUGAUUUGGAAAGUUGACUUUCCGUACGAGGAGAAACGAGUGGGUUUCGUCAAAGGUUUCAGUCGCAGGUUCUGGCAGGGAAGCACGGAUCAUCGCGGGGUGCCCGGGAAGCCUGGGCGAGUGGUGACAUUAAUAGAGGACCCCGAGGGCUGCGUAUGGGGCGUUGCUUAUAAAUUGCCGUCAGGCCGAGAAAAUGAAGUGAAAGAGUAUCUGGACUACAGAGAGAAAGGCGGCUAUGGGGUGAUCACCGUUACCUUUUAUCCCAAAGAUGAAGAACAUCAACCAAUGCGGGACACAUUGCUCUACAUUGGCUCCUGUGACAACCCGAAUUACCUUGGCCCGGCACCUUUGGAGACAAUUGCUCAGCAGAUUGUGAAGUCCGUCGGCCCCAGUGGCAAGAAUACAGAUUACCUGUUUGAGCUGGCCGAGGCCCUCAGGCAGCUAAUACCUGAAGACUUAGACGAUCACCUGUUCUCUUUAGAGCGCCUUGUGAAGGAGCUGCAGAAGCAGGAGGAGAUGGAGUGAUCUGCUACAGUCCGCUUUGUCCUUAAUCUUCUGAAAAACUCAGGAAUUUAGUCCAUUUUUUUGGUCCUCAUAUACAGAUUAUGAUAUCCGAUGCAUGCUAAAAGGGAUUACCUGAUAAAGCGUGAGAUAAGCAGUACUUAAACCACUGUUAUGUUUUUAAAUAGGAUUAUUUAAUAUGUGGUAGUCUCUACUGAAUCUGCACUUGAUUUACGAUGUGACGUUUCACAUCAUUUGUCUCGCUUUAAAACUUCAGAUACGAACCAAGAACUUAAAAGGAUUUCGGUAUAUUGCACAUAACGUUGUUACGUCCAUGAAAAUGUAAACGAAAGGACAGUUUAUUUUUCAGAGGCUGGUUCAUUUAACUCAGGAUACUUGAAUAUGUUACAAAGCCAUUUCCUAUUUAUUUUUGAAGUUCCAUGCCAUCCUGAUCUUCAAUUAAGCCAUAAGGUGAAUCUCAUUAACAAACAUGCUUAAGUCACCGUAUUACCCCCAAAUGUACAAAAUAAUUAGAAUAAACCAAAUUAAACGUUAUUGAACCCUAGUUAUCUUUCGUUGUGUGACGUUUUAAUUACAUGAAACCGUUUCAUUUCCAACCAAAUUCAAACUAACACUAACGGUGUACUUAAAAUAUUAGAUUGUUUUACUUUAAUGUGUUUUUUUAUUAUAAUUCUAGUUAUAAAUUAUCUAUCCAUCCAUCCAUCAUUUGUGAAAUUCACCCAAGCAAAGCUUUAAUUUAUCUCUUUUUAUGCAUAAUUUAUCAGUUAUUGUUUAAAAAAAAAAGUCAGAAUCAUUGCACCUCCACUGUAGCACAAGUCUAUUGUAUUAACGAUGUUCUGCGGACAGGAUCUUCGACUUCACCACUGUAACUAGCUCAUAAUGAUGACUUAAUGACGGUUGCAUAUUUCUUGUGAGACCCAGAUAAGAAUAAUUUUAAAAUAAAGCAUUGUGGGAGCAUAAAAAAAAA